GAAGAGGCUGAGAAAAAAGCAGCAUCAACUGAGGUGAAGAUGGACAAAAUUCAGAAGCACAGCAGUACAACAAAAUGUACCUCACAACACCUACAAACAAUCCAGAAGCAAUCAGAAAUGGUAAAAAACAACCAAGUCCAAGUGAUGGUGUUAAUGGAUUAAGCUGUAUUGAUCAUGUGUUUUGUUUGUGACAAUAAAGGAUGAGUGUUUGAAAAUGAUGAUAUAAAAUCGGGUUGUGGAUUUAGGAUAGUUGUUCAAGAUUGUGAGAACUGAUUAGACAUUAGCUACAAGAGUGCUGGGUAUUAUAUUGGGGUAAGUAAGACCCAGUGGCUUGUUUUAGGAGGAUUCCCGCGAUUUUGUUGUGUGGAAAUAUUACAAAUCCUAUUCAUUUUUUCCAUAGAGAAAUGGGUUUUGUUUUAGCUUCAACGUACAGUAUAAUCCUUUCAAAACACACCUACCAUGAGCUCAGAGGUUAAUUGAUGGUAUGGGUAGACCGAUACAUUGGUUUUUAUGAUUAAUCUGUGCCGAUAGUUGCUUUUUGGAACCAUCGGGUAUUGUCAAAAAUAUAUGAUAGUUUUUUUGAUUUAUUAUUCCUCUGUGUUCCUCUGUGGCCAGCACUGGAGGGGUCUACAGUUAGAAUAGCUUGGUUCUUCAAUAAAACAGCGGUGUCUAAAGGUGAAAUAAAAACAAAAUCACUGACACCUCAUGAGGAUUUGCUAUAUCUUAAUCUUUACUCAUUGACGAUAUUUGUCCAUAUUUUCUGUCCUCACUUAUUUUGUUAUUUUGAUUAGAUAAUCAUGUAUGGCGAGGGCAUGCAAAAAUUUGGUAUGUAUGCAGGGCUCGACAUGAACGCUUCGCUUGUCCAGGACAAGUGGAUUUUUGAAGAGCCAAGUGAAAGAGAAUUUUACUUGCCCGAACGGACAACAGACUGAUUAUAACGUCAAUAACAAAAAAUAACCGGCUAUAUUUCUGACAGCCUAGGCCUUUGCCACUUAUUAGAAAGUCCAUAUUCUUAAUAUGCUGUUGAAAGUAAUCCAGAGCACGUAAUUUUAUAAUUCGCUAGUGAUCCAGUAACAGCUGCGCCCAGUUUGAUUGGCAGUCGGCGUAUGUGUGUGUGCUGAAAAUGCUCGCACUAAUUUGCACCUGAUCGGUCAAAUACAUUUCAAAAUUCUUGGUGAGGUAUUCAUGUAAACACAGAGAGUGAUGUCUAAAGUGAAUGUAAACAGUGGAGAAAAAAGUGGAUUUGUAUUAAAAUGUCGGACUUGUAAGUAUAAAUGUAAGCUAAUAGACCUGCUGCUGUCUAGUGAGUCAUUAUAAUAAUCAAACAACCAGAACAAGAAAACACUCACUGCUCUUGAUUGAGUAACUUAAGUAUCUUUAAAAAGUAUGAAUGUAUUAUAAUCAUACAGUAAAGAACAGUAGUAGUUUUAUGUUGCAUUUCAUUCUGAAUGUUUACUUGAAUAUUUGAUAGCCAACUGCUGUAAAAAAAACUUUUAAAGCUGUUAAAAAAGCACUGAAUUUUCUUAAUUUGUUCUAUUAUUUUAAUCUAUUUCUAUUCAUUGCUGUUUUUUAUUAUCGACUGUUUACUAGUCUUGAAUACUUAAGAACUUGAAACCAUUCUUCCAUAAUUAACAUAUUAGUUAGUGUUAUUAUUUGUUGUGGUUUUAAAGCUAGUAUUGAGAAUCGUCAAAUUUCACUACAGGCUCCUGAAAUUUUGGUAUUGUUAUAAUGUAUAACCUUUAAUGAUUAUGAUCUUGCUGCAAUAACAUGAUGAAAAAGUAGAUCUCAUUCCACAGAGGUGUGAGCAUCCCUGCUGUUAAUGGUGGUGAUGGAGGCUUUCCUUUAUUUGACUACCAAACGUGACAUAAAAUAAUUAUCAAAUGACAAUAGCCUCCUCCCUUACCCAGUGCAGUUUACAUAUCUGUCACAGAGAAUUGAGUUGAUUACAUAGGUACACUUUUAGGUUGGGUAUUGGUCAUAAUUUUAGAAAAAUAUACAACAUAAACUGUUGAGCAUGUAACGUAAAUGUCCUUUUUUCUUUCCGAACAAGUAUCUUUUUUACUCGGACAAGUGAAUGACCAAUUUACUUGUCCGGAGGACAAGCACAUGACAAUGCUUAAUGUUGAGCCUUGAUAAGGAGAUGUCCCCCGCCAGCACAUACAUCAUAUCCUCAACUUCAUAACUUGUGAAUUUUAAUAAACCAUUGCCUUUUCCUCAUGAAACCUCAUCUGGUGAAAUAAAUAUAUAAAAAAUCAUCUGGUGAAUAUAUGGGCUAUCAAAAGCUUAAUUUGAUUAAUACUUAAAUAUGGAGCAUUGUUAUGGAUCCAGUUAUCCGUCAGUUCAAAAUAAGAGUCCCCAGUGUGUUUUGGGCUUAUUCAUAGUUAAUCUCUGCGUUAUGCACUAAUUCUUUGUUUUUCUGGUUAUUAUUGGGAUUUUGGUUGCACAAUUAAAUGCUUUUGGGAUUUUAUUAACUUUGGAUUUUUUUAGCCCCAGUGUCUGAGCCUAUCUUUGCAAGGAGAGACUAAAAUGUUGUUUAUCAUUCUUUAAAUCGAUUUAAAAAAAUGAUUGGCUGAUUAAUUGGUUAUCGGCCAAUUCCACCACCUUAGUUAUCAUAUCGGUAAAAUACACUAUCGGUCGACCUCUAAUCGAUGGUAUAUGUUUCUAUAGAUGCCACAAGUCAUUGUGAUUUCAACUUCAUUUGUAUAAAAAAUAAUGCUGACUUCCUGGCGAAGGACUACACUACCCAUAAUCCUUAAGAGAAAUCCACCAAUCAGUGAAGUCACUGAUACAAUGGAAGCUUAAAUCACACCAAAACAGCUCAGCUGCGACUGCCCACUCCCAUGAAUCAUUGUGACCGAGAGCGUACACCCCUCAUCCACGAAGACAUCUGGGAUGGCAGUGCCUGAUUCAGUCCAUGAGACACGACAGCAGCAAAUGUGUGGCACUUCCCAGGAGAGUGACGACUCCCAUCACAGCAAAAAGAGGCAUGCUUCAGCGAUGGAUGAUUCAGAAGAGGAGGAACCUGAGCUGACAUCUAAAGAGCAGGAACAUAUGCUCAGAAGACUUCAGAGGAAGUUCCCCCAUCUGAACAAGAAUGAACUCAGGGAUGUCCUUCAUGAACAUUGCUGGCUCUUUGAGGAUGCCUUAGAAGCACUACGAAUGUUCUCUGACUCUGUGGUUGAAUCUGAGGACGAUGACUCGCAAAUUACUGCCCAAUGCACUAGACGGGUUGCAAACACUCGGCAACAAACUCAGGUUGUCCAGCGCCCCGACAUACCCCAACCAAGAUCAUGCAGGCCUCUUGAUAGGACCAAAACAUCUGAGAGGAGCAGAAUGCAGUCGGUAAUGAGCUCAGAAGAUGAGUGCAGUGACUCUGAUGCCUCUUCUGAGAAUGUAUUGCUGGACUCUGACUCGGACCAACCAGACGAGACUUUAUCUAAACUUAAAUCCGAGAUCCUCAGCUUUUUUCAGACCGCCUCUGUGGAUGAGCUCACACUCAUUGCAGGAUGCUCUUUGAAGAAAGCCCAGAAAAUCACUGAACUGAGACCAUAUAAAACAUGGGAAGCUCUGGAUGACGUUAUGCACAGAGGCAACGGUCUUUCCACUGAGCUGCUGGCAGGGUGUCGUGAUGUUCUGAAGGAAAGAGAAGUUGUAAAGGGUCUCAUGAGCAAGUGUGAGGAAAUAUCAGAAAAACUGGUCCAAGAUGUGACCCAAGUGUUUAACAAGGGUCCGGGUUCCAUGAGCCAGCCCCAGAUCCUCAGCAGCACAUUCCAGUUGAAACCGUACCAGCUGAUUGGACUGAACUGGCUGGCUUUACUGCAUCAGAAUAAACUGAGUGGAAUCCUGGCAGAUGAGAUGGGUUUGGGGAAGACCAUCCAAGCCAUCUCAUUCCUGGCCCACCUCUACCAGGAAGGGCACCAUGGACCUCACCUCAUCACCGUUCCUGCCUCUACACUUGAUAAUUGGGUCCGGGAACUGAAACUUUGGUGCCCCAGUUUUAAAGUAUUGGUGUAUUAUGGGUCUGCUGAGGACCGAAGGUAUAUGCGCUAUGAGAUUCUGAAUCAAAUAGUGGAUUACAACAUCAUAGUCUCAACUUACAACCUGGCUAUUGGAAAUAAUAGUGACCGCAGCCUGUUCUGCAAGCUCAAACUGGAGUAUGCAGUGUUCGAUGAAGGCCACUUACUGAAGAACAUGAACUCGCUCCGCUACCGACACCUCAUGGCCAUCAAUGCCAAAUAUCGUCUGCUGCUUACAGGAACACCGCUGCAAAACAACCUAUUAGAGCUCAUGUCCCUGCUGAACUUCAUCAUGCCCAACAUGUUCUCCAGCAGCACUUCACAGAUCUCCAAGAUGUUUUCCAUGAAGUCCUCUGAGGAGCAGAGCAGCUUUGAGAGGGACAGGAUAGCCCAUGCCAAACUCAUCAUGAAACCCUUCAUCCUCAGACGUGUGAAGAGCGAGGUCCUAAAGCAACUGCCUGCCAAAGAGGAGCAGAUAGAAUUUUGCGCCAUGUCCGAGAGGCAGCAGAAACUGUACAGUGCUCUCUUCAACAAACUCAAGAGGUCCAAUAAUGGAGAAAAACGCGAGCUGACAAAUGUGAUGAUGCAGCUGAGAAAGAUGUCCAACCAUCCACUUCUUCACAGGCAGUAUUAUACAGCUGAAAAACUUAAAGCCAUGAGCAAACUCAUGCUGAAGGAGCCGAGUCACUGUGAUGCAAAUCCAGCUCUCAUCAAAGAGGACAUGCAGGUGCUGUCUGACUUUGAAUUACACUGUCUCUGUCAGCAGUAUUGUGCACUGCAGGAAUACCAGCUCGACACAGACACACUGCUAGACUCAGGGAAGCUCAGUCUCCUCUCACAGCUGCUCAGCUCCCUAAAGGAGAAGGGUGAUCGAGUAGUGCUCUUUAGCCAGUUCACAAUGAUGCUUGACAUUUUGGAGGUGUUCCUGAGACACCAUAAGCACAGAUACAUCCGACUGGAUGGUUCAACCCCCAUGAGUGACAGAAUUGGGCUGAUUGACCAGUUCAACACUGACACGGACAUCUUUGUGUUCCUGCUGUCCACCAGAGCUGGAGGGCUGGGCAUUAACCUGACCUCGGCCAAUGUGGUCAUCCUUCAUGAUAUUGACUGCAACCCUUACAAUGACAAACAGGCCGAGGACCGCUGCCACCGGGUGGGACAAACCAGGACAGUGAAGGUGAUCAAGUUGAUAAGUAAGGACUCUAUAGAGGACGCCAUGCUCCGCAUUGGAGAAAGAAAACUUAAACUAGAGCAGGACAUGACUGCUACUCAGGAGGGCGAUGAGGACACAUUUCCUGAUGACAUGACCUCACUGCUCAAAGCUUCUCUUGGACUCUGAGAACUAGAUCAGACUUGAAGCAUACUGUGAUAUUGUGACACUUGACUGUAUUUGAAAAUAGUACUGUAGCACAUUGAAGUGGAAUUUCCCUAUACUACCUGCAAAAAAAAAAAAAAAAAAAAAGGUGAGGUUAAGAGGAGCAAAUAUGUUUACAUUUCUACUGUACUUGGCUGAAAUGCUGUAAUAUGCUGUGUUGUAUGUUCAUUUUAGUAUAUUUGUAUGUAUGGAGGUUUUAAAUUAGCAUUUGUUUGAUUUAAGUGAAAACAAUUGUUGUAAGUUAUGUUGGAUUUCUUGUUUCCAGAGUUACCGGUAAGCUCAUUCUUGUCAUAUGUUUGUGAAUUUUAUUUGUCUGCCGAAAGGUUAAAAAAAUUAAAAUAAAAGACUUUACGUUAUGAAAAAAAUGAAUAGCUUUCACAACUUUCCUUUCAGAAGAAGAAAUCAAAUUUAUGUAAAAUAUUUAAAGGAUUCAUGUAAUGAGGUUUAUUUCCCCCUAGCACUUUGUAACAUUGUACACUUUAUCUUUAAACUAAUUGUUAAACCUUAUUUGAACCAUGUGUACUGCAAUUAUAUUGUAAUGUAACUACUAUCCUACUAAUAUAUUUGCCUUUGAGCAGCAGUCUUUGCCUAGCCUUUAAGCAGCUUGAAAAAUUCCUGAAAAUUAUGUGAAUCCUUUAGACAAUUAGACAAAUUAGCUUCUAAUAGGAGGUGUACUGAAUUGUAGGUGUACCU